CAGCUCUAUUGCAUGGCAGCCAGCUCAGCACAUCUCACCUGCGCUCCAGUCACAGCCCCUGCAAAACCUCACCAUUUUCACCAGUUUUGCCACAGUUGAAGGAAACUCUGCGUGUAGUGCAGCAGUGCGGGGCGUGCUUCCUUCAUCCGCAUGGGAUGGAGGCGAUGUGGUGAAGAAGAGGAUGGUGGAGACUCCUUCGUGAACAGCCAGGAAUGGACCCUGAGCCGCUCGGUGCCUGAGCUGAAGGUGGGCAUCGUGGGGAACCUGUCCAGCGGCAAGUCGGCCCUGGUGCACCGCUACCUGACCGGCACCUACGUGCAGGAGGAGUCUCCGGAGGGUGGCCGAUUUAAGAAGGAGAUUGUGGUGGAUGGUCAGAGCUACCUGCUGCUCAUUCGUGAUGAAGGCGGCCCCCCCGAGCUCCAGGUAGGAACAGCUGCACUGCUGUGCAGAGGAGGGAAAAUCCCAGGGAGCCCACAGGGAGCAGUGAGUGCAGGGCUGUGUGUGUGAGUGCAGGGCUGUGAGUGU